GUGCCCGCCCGCGCGCCCGCGCCGCCGUUGCACCGUCGCGUCCCGUCCCGUCCCGUCCUGCCCUGCCCUGCUCUGUCCUGUCCCGUCCCACUCGCCGCCCUUGCGCCUUUCGCCGACAUGCAGCUGCCUGCGCUGGUGUUGCUGUCCACCCUUCUCGCUGGGCUCCUCUGGUGUCCCGGUGCCGUUGCCAGCUACGCGCCUGCCUGCCACAUGUAUGGUGUGCCUGGAUGUCCAAGGGAUUACAAUCCAGUCUGCGGGACUGAUGGAAAGACAUAUGCAAACGAGUGUGUGCUCUGCUUUUCAAACAGAGAAAAUAAAAGGGAUGUCCAAAUUUUCAAGACAGGAAGAUGCUGAUAUGGCUGAUGGCCACUUUUCAAGAAAAUCUGAGGGACAUCGACAUUCCACGUGGAAAAAAUACCUUAAAUGUACCUUUUAUGCAGCCUGUCUUAAUAAAUAAAUUUGCUUGUUUAAACAAAGUA